AUGAAAGGAAAAAACCGCCCUUUAUUUUUUCUUCUAGUUUUAUUAUUGUCACACAAAGUAAAUAAUGUAUUAUUAGAACGAACAAUUGAAACCCUUCAAGAAUGCAAAAAUGAAUGUGUGAAAGGUGAAAAUUGUUAUAAAUUAUCUAAAGGACAUCACUAUAUUGAGGAAGAUAACAUAGAACGAUGGUUGCAAGGAACUAAUGAAAGAAGAAGUGAGGAAAAUAUAAAAUAUAAAUAUGGCGUAACGGAACUAAAAAUAAAAUAUGAGCAAAUGAAUGGAAAAAGAACUAGCCGUAUUUUGAAGGAAUCAAUUUACGAGGCGCAAAACUUUAGAGACAACAAUUACAGAGAGGAAAAAGAUGGAGAACAUAAAACUGAUAGUAAAACUGAUAACGGGAGAAGUGCAAACAAUUUGGUAAUGUUAGAUUAUGAUACAUCUAGCAGUGGCCAUCCAGCUGUGACCCUUGAUAAUGUUCUUGAAUUUGUGACUGACCAUGGGGAAAAUUCUCUUGAAAAUUCCUCGAAUGGUGGCAAUCUUUACGAUAUUGUUCAUAAGAAAACGAUGUCUAGCGGUGUUAUAAAUCAUGCUUUUCUUCAAAAUUCUGAAAUCGUAACUUGUAAUGAUAAGAGAAAACGUCAGGUAAGAGAUUGGGACUGUUCAACUAAGAAGGAUGUUUGUAUACCAGAUAGAAGAUAUCAAUUAUGUAUGAAGGAAGUUACGAAUUUGGUAAAUAAUACGGAUACACAUUUUCAUGGUGAUAUAACAUUUCGAAAAUUAGAUUUUAAAAGGAAACUUAUGUAUGAUGCUGCAAUAGAGGGUGAAUUAUUAUAUAAGAAGAAUAACUAUAAAUAUAACAAAGACUUAUGUAGGGAUAUAAGAUGGAGCUUGGGAGAUUUUGGGGAUAUAAUUAUGGGAACUGAUAUGGAAGGUAUUGGACAUUCCCAAGUAGUGGAAAAUAAUUUGAAAAGCAUCUUUGGAACUGGUAAAAAUGCCCUACAGAAUCGUGUGCAGUGGUGGCAUGAAUCUAAAGUACAUAUUUGGAGAGCAAUGAUGUACUCAGUUAGAAAGAGAUUAAAGGAUAGAUUUGCAUGGAUUUGUAAAAUAAAUGUUGCGGUAAAUGUAGAACCGCAGAUAUAUAGGUGGAUUCGAGAAUGGGGAGGGGAUUAUAUAACAGAAUUACCCACAGAACGACAAAAAGUGAAAGAAAAAUGUGAUGGAAAUAUCAUUUUUACUAAGAAAAAAGUAUGUACGGUAUCUCAAUGUAAAAAUGCGUGUAAUUUAUAUGAUCAAUGGAUAACCAGAAAAAAAGAACAAUGGGAUGUUCUGUCAAAUAAAUUCAAAAGUGUAAAAAAUGAACAAAGCAUCAAGACGGCAGAUAUUGCAACUGCUUAUGAUAUACUAAAACAGGAGAUAAAUAAAUUUAACGAGGAGACUUUUGAGAAUGAAAUUAACAAACUUGAUAAUGCAUAUAUUGAUUUAUGUCUUUGUUCCCUUGAAGAGGUUAAAAAACAUACUCAGAAUGUUGUAAGAAAUAUAGAAAAAGCUGCUAAAUCUGUGGCACCAAAUCCGAAUCCGAUAAAUAAGGCAGUAGAUAGUAGUAAGGCGGAGAAGGUUCAAGGGAAUCCUGAGAAUGGAAAUGUUAACAGUGGCGCAAAUAAUUCUACCACAGGUAAAGCUGCUACGGGGGAUGGUCAAAAUGGAAAUCAGACACCUACAAAAAGCAAUGUACAACAAAGUGAUGUUGCUGAAAGUGCAGGUGCUAAAAAUGUUGAUCCGCAUAAAUCUGUAAGUGAAAAGAGUGCCGACACUACGAGCGUUACAAGUAUUGCAGAAGCUGGAAAGGAAAACUUAGGCACAUCAAAUAGUCAACCUUCUAAGUCUACCGUUGAAGCAAAUAGCCCAGGUGAUGGCACUGUGAACAGUGCAUCUAUAUCUGUAAAAAAUAGUGAAAAACCGUUAGUAACCACCGAUAAAGGUUUGGAGCCUUCGAAAGAUAACAGUGAUAACAAUGGAUCUACGGAAUCUAAGAAAUCAGAGGCUAAUCCUGAUUCAAAUAGUAAAGGUGAGACGGGAAUGGGACAAGACAAUGAUAAGGAGAAGGCUACUAAAGAUAGUAGCAAUAGUUCAGAUAAUACAAGCUCUGCUAAGGGCGAUACUACUAGUGCAGUUGAUAGAAAUUUUAAUGGAGGUGUUCCUGAGGAUAGAGAUAAAAUUGUAGGAAGUAAAAAAGAAGAAAAGGAAGAUAACUCUGCAAAUAAGGAUGCAGCGACUGUAGUUGGAGGCAACACUAAUGAUAGAACAGAAAAUGGCAUGGAAAAAAACAAUGUUCCUGCACCUGACAGUAAACAAAGUGUGGAUGCAACUCCGCUAAGUAAAACUGAAAGUUUAGAAUUAAACGAAAGUGCACAUAGAAUUACUAAUGAUACAACUCACAGUUUAAAAAAUGAAAAUGAAGGAAGCGAAAAGGAUUUACAAAAGCAUGAUUUUACAAAUAAUGAUAUGCCGAAUGAAGAACCAAAUUCUGCUCAAACUACAGAUGCAGAAGGACAUCACAGGUAUAGUAUGAAAAAUGAUAACGGAGAAAUGAGAAAGCAUAUGAAUAAAGGUACUUUUACGAAAAAUCCAAAUAGUAACCAAUUAAAUAGCCAUAAUGAUUUGAGUAAUGGUAAAUUAGAUAUAAAAGAAUACAAAUACAGAGAUGUCAAUGCAACAAGGGAAAAAAUUAUAUAUAUGUCCGAAGUACGCAGGUGCAAUAAUAAUAUUUCUUUAAACUACUGUAACUCUGUAAAAGACAAAAUGUCAUCGAACACUUGUUCUAGAGAGAAAAGUAAAAAUUUAUGUUGUUCAAUAUCGGAUUAUUGUUUGAACUAUUUUGAGGUUUAUACUAAUGAGUAUCAUAAUUGCAUGAAAAAGGAAUUUGAAGAUCCAUCAUACAAGUGCUUUACAAAAGGGGGCUUUACAGACAAGGCUUAUUUUGCCGCGGGGGGAGCGUUGCUGAUACUGCUGUUGUUAAUUACUUCACGGCAUAUGAUCAAAAAUGAUUCUGAAGAAGCUACAUUUAAUGAGUUUGAAGAACACUGUGAUAAUAUUCAAAGAAUCCCCCUGAUGCCUAACAAUAUUGAACACAUGCAACCAUUAACCCCCCUGGAUUAUUCAUGA